AUGGAAUUGUCGGAAGGAUGCAUCGCUGAUAUUUUGUGCCACACUACUCCAUUGGAUGUCGCCAGGAUCUCAGUCAUUUCUAAGAUCUUCUGCUAUGCCGCUGAUUCUGACACUAUUUGGGAUCAAUUUCUCCCUUCUGAUUAUCAUUCCAUCAUUUCCCUAUCUCCGUCUUUGGCAAACGCUCCUUCAAAAAAAGCCAUUUAUCUUGCUCUCUUUGAUCACCCUAUCAUCAUCGAUCAGGGUAAAAAGAGCUUUCAAUUGGUCAGGAAGAGUGGGAAGAAAUGUUACAUGCUUGCUGCGAGAGGUCUCUACCUUUCUUUCCGCGACAAUGAAUUUUUCUGUCGCUGGGUCACCGUCCCAGAGUCCAGGUUCGAAGAGGUUGCCAAGCUUAAAGUUUCGCAAAGGUCUGCUAUUUGUGGGAAGAUAAAUACUGUUGAUUUGUCCCCAAACACUCAAUAUGCAGUUUUUCUUGUUUUUAAGCCGUUCAAUGCUCAUACAUUUCACUGCAAACCUACGUUGUUUUCGAUUCGCAUUUUUGGAGGCCCUAUCCGUACUAGGGCGGUUUGUUUGGACUUGAGGUCCGAAGCGAUGUCUAUGGACGAUGUACUCAAAUGUCCAAAUGUGAGAAGUGAUGGCUUGUUGGAGAUUGAGAUGGGGGAGUUCUUCAAUUCAGGCCUAGAAGAUGGUGAAGUAGAGAUGCGUGUUAUGAUGACAAUGGGGAAGGGCAGUUUCUAUCUUGAAGAAAUAGAAGUUAGGCCUAAGAUAUCUUAUCCCAUUAGUAAUAGUAGAUAAGCCUAGAAAAUAUGUUAAGGUAUUGCAACUUUUGGGAUAGAAAAUAUAUAUAUAGGGGAUGUUUCAUAUGAGAAAGCUCCUCUUAUGUGAGAAUGGUGAGAAUGAUUUUCAGCCAUUAGAUUUAAAUAAAUGACCAGAUUAACACAC